AUGACCUUGGACCGCAAAGUCAUGAGGGAGACGGGCGCCGGGGAGGACGUGGACCACGCAGAGUUCUCACUGACAAACACGCGCACUCCCGAUGUCGAGCGACGCGCUUCGCCCUUCACUGACGUGCGGGAGGAGGGACACUUUGCGCUGCGGCUGCAGGAGGGUCCCGAGAGGGUGGCCUUCUCGGCGAAGCCCCCGUAUUCCUACAUCGCUCUCAUCACCAUGGCGAUCCUUCAGAGCCCGAAGAAGAGACUCGCCCUCAGCGAGAUUUGCGACUUCAUCAGCCGGCGCUUCGCGUACUAUCGGGAGAAGUUCCCCGCGUGGCAGAACUCCAUCCGUCACAACUUGUCCCUGAACGACUGCUUUGUCAAAAUGCCCCGGGAGCCCGGCAAUCCCGGCAAGGGCAAUUAUUGGACCCUGGACCCGAUGUCAGCCGGCAUGUUUGAAAACGGGAGUUUUCUUCGCCGGAGGAAACGCUUCAAGCGGCCACAUUUCUUUUUGAAGGACUCCAGGGCGAAGGAGCGCGGCCCGGUGCCCGUGUUCCCUCUCCUCGGAGCGCACAGGAUGAGCUACUGCCCCCUCCAGGGUCCCGGUUUGUACCACGACCUGGGAUUAAGGAGUCGGUUAAGUUCGCACAGCAGUCCCGGCGUCCCACCUGUAAGCAGCAUCAUACCCGCACUCACCUCGCUCCUCUCCAAGGACGCGCCCUCGUGGCUCACGGUUGAGCGCUGCGGCCCGGGACGCUGCGCCGCGGCGCCCUCUCUGCCUCCGGGCUGCUCGCUCGUGUCUCCCGUCUCGCUGCACGGACUGGUUCCCAGCUACCCGGUUUCUCAGUUGUCCAGUUCCCCCACCGGGAUCCUAAAAGUGUCGUCUAAUUUAUUUAUGUAA